AUGUAAAAAUUUAUAAUAAUUUAAUUAUUAAUAACCUUUAUUUUCGGUCUAAAAGUCCUCGAACACAAAUGUGGUCAUGAUAAAUUUAAAGAAAUCUCAAAAUAUGAAUCAAUCCCUCUAGAUCCUGUAGAAGAAUAUUCAGAUAUUCUACCAAAAAAAGAAACAGAUAUUAGAUAUAAAUAUAGUAAUGCAAAAUGUGGAAUAGUUCCAAUUCCUUAAAUAGACAGAACUUAAGGAAGAAAUUCUGAUUUACAUCUAUAUGUAUCAUAUACAGUUGAAUCAAGUAACAAUGCUUUAGCCAACGCUAAUUGGUGUUAAUUUAUAAAUCGUUUAGGACCUACUCAUGGUACAUAAGGGGAGUUGAAAGUUUUGUUUCUCAGAACUCCUAAUGUUUUGUAAUUCGCUAGAAAUUAUUACGGAUGUCAAAAUUUACAUGGUAUGCUUCUUGAAGAUUAAGGAGGAAAAAAGUCUGCAGGAUCUCAUUGGGAAUAAACAGCUAUCGCAGACGAAUACAUGAAUGCAAGUAUAUCACUAACUUAGGCCUAUUUUAGUGGUUUUACUACCAAUCUUUUAAGAGACACAGGUUUCUAUGCUGAAAUAGACGAAUCUAUGGAAGAAUAAAUGUUCUAUGGAAAAGGAAAAGGCUGUGAUUUCAUAUAUGGUAUAUGCGAAUUAAAAAAAUAGAGAAUUUUGUAGUCUUGUGAAAGACGAUGGACUAUGUGA